AUGAAAUUCACCGAAUUGGGAAACCUAGUCCUCUUUGACCCAAACAGUGAAACGGUUUGGCAGUCAUUUGAUCACCCAACUGACUCCUUACUUGUUGGUCAGGCUUUGUUUCCUGGCCAGAAGCUCAUCUCCAGCACAAACGCAUCAAACUGGACUCCAGGUUUGUUUUCGCUAACGCUUCAGCAUCACAGUCUGUCCGGUUAUGUAGGAUCCAAUCCACCCUUGGUCUAUUUUGAAAUCUAUUCGAAUGUGAACUAUGUCAAAUUCGAGAACGAAAGCUUUAUUGGGCAGAAAAUCCCUGUUACAUCAUCAUCGUCAGCUCAGUUCAUAAGGUUGGAUCCUAAUGGGCAUUUGAAGGCUUAUGAGUUGGCAGGACAGGAAUGGAAUGAGGUGGCGGAUCAGCUGACAUCCCAUGGUGUUUCGGGCAGCGAGUGUGGGUAUCCCAUGUCGUGUGGCAAUUACGGCAUCUGUUCUUCAAAUGGGCAGUGUGCCUGUCCUGACGAUGCCAAUAGUGAAACAAGCACUUUCAGGCAAAUAAGUUAUAGGCAACCCAACCUUGGAUGUUCCCUUGCUACACCCAUUUCUUGUGACCAUUCUCAAUAUCACACCCUAUUGGAGCUUAACAAUGCUAGUUGGGCUUUAACGAUUCAAGGCAAGGUUGCUUAUUAUUAUCUGAAGUCUUUUCUCUUAUAA